AUCUACGCAAUUAUCAUCAGAAUGCCAAACAGACCCUUUCAGUCGUACGCGAGCUGAGCUUUUUAAGAACCGUUCUGACAGCCUUACCUGCACACGGCGCUCACAAGGAUCGCCGACUUUGGCUUCCUCUCAUUCGGACUUGUUCGAAGCCAAGGCAGCAGACACUUUUCUUCCUCUUCUUCCUCUUCUUCCACCUCUUCUUUUGCACGCAUGAGGGCACGACUCCUAAUCCUCCCGGAGGAGCAAGCUUUGGCAUUGAAAUAGUGUUGGCAGACAUGGAUGGUGGUUCUAGCAGAGGCGGCACUAGUGCUGACGUGAUAUUACCCAACUACAAACUUGGGAAGACUUUGGGAAUAGGUUCUUUCGGCAAAGUAAAAAUUGCAGAACAUGCAUUAACUGGUCACAAGGUCGCCAUCAAGAUUCUUAAUCGCCGAAAAAUAAAGAACAUGGAAAUGGAAGAAAAAGUAAGAAGAGAGAUCAAAAUACUAAGAUUGUUUAUGCAUCCUCAUAUUAUACGCCUUUAUGAGGUUAUAGAGACACAGUCAGAUAUUUAUGUUGUAAUGGAAUAUGUGAAAUCUGGUGAACUUUUUGAUUAUAUUGUUGAGAAGGGCAGAUUGCAAGAAGAUGAAGCUAGACGUUUUUUCCAGCAGAUAAUUUCUGGUGUUGAGUAUUGCCACAGAAACAUGGUUGUACAUCGGGAUCUUAAGCCAGAAAACCUGCUUCUGGAUUCAAAAUGCAAUGUCAAAAUUGCUGACUUUGGCUUGAGCAAUAUUAUGCGUGAUGGCCAUUUUCUAAAAACGAGUUGUGGGAGUCCAAACUACGCUGCUCCAGAG